AUGCAACAAAACCAAGAUCAAAACCUUUCGCGAGCUUCGACAUUCGGCAGCACCAAAAGCUCAAAUAGCGUGACUACCGACGAGCUGAGAUCCGCGCUGGGAGCGGAAUGGGAUGGUAUAGUCAAUAGCAUCGAUCAAGAGCUGAGCCGUCGCCCUACACUGGAAGAGCAGUUCAACAGUACAGACAACACCAUUCUGAGACCUGCUAGCAAGAUCAAUAAGGACUAUUACGAGCUCGAUACAAGAACCCUUCAAAGCUCAAAACAAUGGGGUGAGUAUGUGUCGUCAUCUCAUGAUCAACAAGGAUGA